CAAACUAAUCCGUCACCGUCGCAGGAGACUCAUAAACAUCUGAAGACCUAAAAUCAAACAGUACGAUUUUCGAUUCUCUCGAGCUCUAGAUCAUCCGCUUUCUGAUUCAAACGUCAUUCUGUUUUUUCUAGAUCGAUCCCGAUUGUUUCUCAUUGAUCUUUGAUCCGGAAGCUGUGUAAAUGGCGUACGUCGACCAUGCGUUCUCGAUAACCGACGAGGACAUUAUGAUUGAAACUUCAUACACCGUCAAUAACCGACCGCCGGUGAAGGAGAUCGCACUCGCGGUGGCUUUACUCGUGUUCGGAACCCUAGGAAUUGUCUCCGGCUUCUUCAUGGCUUAUAAUCGAGUUGGCGGUGAUCGAGGCCACGGGAUUUUCUUCAUCGUCCUCGGGUGUCUUCUGUUCAUCCCCGGGUUUUACUAUACUCGGAUUGCGUAUUAUGCUUACAAAGGAUACAAAGGUUUCUCCUUCUCAAACAUACCGCCCGUUUAGCCUCGCCUUUCGAACCUCUCCUACUCAAUGUAUAGAGAUGUUUUAUUGCUCUAAGCAAUGAUCGACUUGUUUUUCUCUUUUGUGUAGUUUUAUAGGAUUUGAGUCCAGUCCCUUCUUGCUUUCUCGUUCUUCUUGUUAAAUAAAUUCGAGUCUGUGACAGUUAGUCAGAUUUAUACAUACAUAUCUAUAUAAAUAUACACCCGGUUCAAAUA